AUGGCUCGCACCCAAAAGAACAAGGCCACCUCGUACCAUCUCGGUCAGCUCAAAGCCAAGCUCGCCAAACUCAAACGCGAGCUCCUCACCCCCUCGGGCGGCGGCGGCGGUGGCGGCGCCGGCUUCGACGUCGCCCGCACCGGUGUCGCCUCCAUCGGCUUCAUCGGCUUCCCCUCGGUCGGCAAAUCAACCCUCAUGUCCCAUCUCACCGGCCAGCACUCGGAAGCGGCCGCCUACGAGUUCACGACCUUGACCUCGGUCCCGGGUCAGGUGGUGUACAAUGGUGCGCCGCUGCAGAUGAUUGAUUUGCCUGGUAUCAUCGAGGGUGCCAAGGACGGUCGUGGUAGAGGUCGCCAGGUUAUUGCUGUGGCGAAGACGUGCAACUUGAUCUUUAUUGUGCUGGAUGUGAACAAGCCGUUGACGGACAAGAGGGUGAUUGAGGCGGAGUUGGAAGGGUUUGGGAUCAGGAUCAACAAGGAGCCGCCGAAUAUCACGUUCAAGAAGAAGGAUAAGGGUGGACUGAAUAUCACGAGCACGGUGCCGUUGACGCAUAUUGAUAACGAUGAGAUCAGGGCUGUGAUGAGCGAGUACAAGAUCAGCUCGGCUGAUAUUGCUAUCCGCUGCGAUGCCACCAUCGACGACUUGAUCGAUAUUCUCGAGGCCAAGAGCAGAAGUUACAUUCCUGUCAUUUACGUGCUCAACAAGAUCGACAGCAUCAGCAUUGAGGAGUUGGACCUGCUGUACCGGAUUCCCAACUCUGUGCCCAUCAGCUCGGAGCACGGGUGGAAUAUUGAUGAGCUGAUGGAGGCUGCCUGGGAAAAACUCAAGCUCGUCCGCGUCUACACCAAGCCCAAGGGCCGCAUGCCCGACUACGACGCGCCGGUUGUGCUCCGGUCCAACAAGUGCACCGUGGAGGAUUUCUGCAACACGAUCCACAAGAGCAUCUUGGAGCAGUUCAAGGUGGCGAUUGUGUACGGCAAGUCGGUGAAGCACCAGCCGCAAAGGGUGGGGUUGUCGCACGAGUUGGCGGAUGAGGAUAUUGUUACUAUUAUCAAGCGGUAA